AUGACGACGCGAAAAAAGUUCACCUCACUAAUGAAACCGCGGCCACGCGGCGUGACACCGCACAAUGAUCUAAGUAAUGCCGUCACUCCAAUUGUCAUCCCCACAAAACACAUCGUCAGACUGAAUCCACAGUCAGUCGUAAAGCCCCUCAACCUAGACGAUGUAGAAUUGUCCACAGACGCGAAAGACUGUUUCUUCAAGAGUCUCAAUCUAGAGGAAUGUGGCCUUACAGUGGAGCCAUCCAUAUCCAUAAAAGUGAAAAUAGUCGACUACAACGGAACGAAAAUCACUUCCGAAGAUUCAGCUGCCCUUCGUCUUUUAGUGCUGGCACGGAAAGACUUCAUUUAUCUUGUGAAGGGUACCUCGUUCGUUGACAAGAUGAUCAUAGAGAAGGGCUCGCUUGAAAGUGCGUUCUUUGACAAGGAAACCGCGGACUUUGUCCUCGUUCUCGCGAAAAAUUACGGGUACUGGUGCAUAGAGCUGCGGGACUCGUAUCGUAGAUUGUUUGAAUUCAUUGUGAACAACGACCGGGAGUGGGGGUUCAAUUACAAGGUGGUAGAUCUGACAAAACUCAAAGUUAUCCAGCACCGCGAGCUUCAAAAGCAUGAAAACUUACAUAAAGACCCAAUAAUGGUGGUGCGUACAUGUGAUUCUAUAGAGAAACCGACAGCUGAAGAGGAUGAGGUACUACGAAAUGGUCUACCGUCAGCGCUUGUUCCCUCCAAGGAGAAGUCAAUUAUAUCGAAGGAGAGGCCGGUUCCAGACAAAGAGAAAAAUGUCACCUCAACAGAUAUUGCAGUCUCGCCCGUUUUUGCAAGACAUGUUUCUAAUCCUAGGGUGACGCGCUCCUUCAAGCUGUCCCAACAACUGCUGCCUAAUAAUACCGUUGAUAUAGACCUGAGUGAUGAUUCCCUGGACCAAGAGAUGGAGGAAGUACAAGAUGUUCAUGAAAAUCCAGCACCUUUCUCUCCUCCUUUGAGAUAUGUCAUCAAUGGCCAGAAGUUCACCAUCACAGCCAAUGACUUCAAGACCUUGUACAAUUCAUCGUGGGUUAACGAUACCCUAAUAGACUUCUUCGUCGCAUUUGAAAUCGAGCGCGCCAUAACAGACUUUCAUUCAUUCAAGCGUUCUCAAAUCUACGCAUUCAACUCCUUUUUUCAUGCCAAACUUGUCUCCACUCCAAACGAGGACGAGCUUCCGCCCUAUUACGAGAACAUUAGAAAAUGGCUCGAGAAACUUGACCUCAUGUCGUACCAAUACAUUGUGAUCCCCGUUAUGGAGAAUGCGCAUUGGUUCUGUCUUGUGAUAAAAAAUUUACCUGCCUUACUUGCAUUCACACAAGCCCAAGAGGAUCUUGAAUGCAGCAAUACAGUUUGCGACAGUAACGAGGUAAUUAUUUCACCAAGUGUCAACUCGCCCAGCUCCGUUACAUCAAAACAACCUGACUUCACAAUGGCAGAGAUAUUUGUCCUUGACUCUUUGCGUUUGACACAUCCAAGACUCACGGAGCCUCUAAAAAUGGUGCUUAAGGAGCAUUGCAGAGAAAAACACGGCGUUACUAUCAACACAGACCACAUAAAAGUAAGAAAUUUGCGUGUCGCAAAGCAGAGAAACCUCUCUGAUUGCGGUGUUCAUGUCAUCUAUAACCUAAAGAAAUGGCUCAGCCUGCCUGAAAUUUGCGAGAAAUCGUGGCGAAAACCGGGCAAUGCAUUUCGUUCCCUUAAAGAUGAACGGACUUCCAUGCGAAAAUGGUGCAUCGACACAUUAUUGAAUUUGCAUUCUGAACAACCCUUGACGAAAGAGGAUGGGGAGCAAGGGGAUGGCGAAGACAUCCACUCUGAUGAUGAUAUCGAGGUUAUCAGCUUUCAUGAGCCCAAUUUGAGUCAAAGUACAGCACAAAACGGGUUUCCUCAAGAAGAGCCAGCUCACGAAACAAACGAACUGGACUUAGGCGCAGCAAAGAACGGCGAAUCAGUUCACAAUACCUCUAGCCUUGAAAGCAAAGCUCCUGAGACAAAAAACCUGGCAGUCGAGAGUGAAAGUGGAUCGCUGUUUGCAAAGCUGAUCCUUGAUUCUUUUGUAGAAGAGUCUGAAAAAGACCAUAGCAUUGUUCGAUCUUCUGCAGCUUCAAAUUCGUCCUUGCCUCUAGAUUCGACUGACGAUUAUGAAACUGCUGGAGAACAGACGAGAAGCCAAUUCUACAUUAAAACAUUGGAUCCACGUGCAGCAGAGAAGAAAAGCUCAAGUGGACUGCCAACGUUUAUCCAAAUCGAACAUCCCCAGGUCCGAAAAGAAUGCCUAAGACUUAAACUAUCAAAGGAUACCGUUUUGUUUCUUAACAAAGUAUUCUUCAAUCAUGAUAGGGUACUCCCAGAUCAUCAGCUCAAUUCACUCCUGAAGAAGGUACGUUCUUUCGAAGAAUGCAUUGAUAGGAACGACUCUCGCAAUCUUGAAUCAGUGAAGAACGAAUUUUUAUUGAUGACCAAAGAGCCAGUUGCACCCAAAGAUGUUCCGUUUGUCAUUGAGGAGGAAGCGGAAGAACAGCAGGAUCUAAACCGGAGUGUCAACGAUCUCAAGAUCACUGCAGAUGAAGACACCAGCAGCCAAGAACUCCAAACAACCAAAACGCAUUCCUCCGAGUCCGUACAAUUCAAAGCCCACAUACAAAUUGUGAAGUCGCCUCACCUCAACUCAAGUGAAAACAUUGGCUCUGAUGUUGAAGUGAUCGAGAGCAGGAAGAUGUCUCCGCGUAUCCGGAGGACACGAUCCGAAUUCAAAACAAGGCACCAUGAAGAGAAUCUGAAGAAGAUGCCCGUUGAAAUUCUUCCAGAUUCCGAUGAGGAAGUGACCACAGUUCUCAUGUCCAAAGGAGGCCCCAACGACUGGAGCUCGCCCAAGCGGCGCAGACUAGACCGCAGUCAAUAA